UGUCCCCAAUGUCCCCUCACUGUCCCCUGUGUCCCAGACUUCCAGCGGUGCCAGCGCGCCAUGGCCGCCCGCGGGGCCGAUGCCAGCCCGUGCCAGUGGUAUUUCCGCGUCUACAAAUCGCUGUGCCCCACCUCCUGGGUGACGGCGUGGGACGAGGCCCGUGAGGAGGGGAUCUUCCCCGGCAAGAUCUGAGCGUGCCCAGCGCGGUGACACCGGGGACAGGCCACCGGGAGGGCGGGGACACGGCUGUCACCCCCCUGGGGACAUGGCUGUGACCCCUGGGGACACCUCUGUCACCCUGGGGACACGGCUGUGACACCAGGGACACGGCUGUGACACCAGGGACAGGGCUGUCACCCCUGGGGACACAGCUGUGACACCCCUGGGGACACGGCUGUGACUCUUGGGGACACGGCUGCCACCCCCCUGGGGACAUGGUUGUCCCCCCCAGGGCCACCUCUGUCACCCCCUGGGGACACAGCUGUCACCCCAGGGACACAGCUGUCACCCCCUGGGGACAUCUCUGUCACCCCCCCAGGGGACACGUGGUGGCACCGCCAAUAAAGGGUUAAAAACUGG